UUGCCCGAUUAAUAAAUUGACUAAAUAGCUAAAACAUUGAGCACACACGUUCUUGACAAAAUUACAUAACAAGUAGCAAGUGUUUAAAUGUUUUUAUAUAAAAUAUAUAUGUUUAAAUACAUAAAGUUUUCCCACAGAAUUCUGGCGUUUAAGUUAUUAACUAAUAGUCACCAAACGAAAAUCAGUCCAUCACGAAAAGUUCAAUGCACGACUGCCAAGGGCUGCUAAACAAGAUGACCGGUCGCCGCUCCUUCAUGCUUUGUUGACGUGGUAACUUCUGACGGUGCUGGACAGGAGAUACUCUAACUUCGAGUUCUGAAGAUUGUGCGUUGAUUCCCAGUUUAUAUAGGCAUCUGAAGACGUGUGCAACAGAAUGCACUCCACAAGAACAUCGUGCAGAACUCAUAACUUACGAUGUAAAUUAAUUCGCCGACCAAUCAAAUCAUUCCAAAAACGAAAAGCCACCAGACAGGUGCUCCACAGAUCACGGUCUGGCUAUACGAACAGACAAAAACAAAAUGUCAGCCACCUUGCCGAACACAUGUUUGCUCUCCAGGUACGCCGAAUGCAUCAAUGCUUUCAACUUUGGCCUCAAGUGGCCUUACUUGCCCUUGACCAACCACAUGUCCAAGAAAAACAACAGUAGCUUUAGCAAAAUCACUUUUACCCAAGUUCACAGUCAACCGGGCUUUAGAAAGUCUACCAAACAGUUCCUUGAUUUGACUAAUAUGCUGAUUCCAACUAUGACUAUAAACAACAAUAUCAUCAACAUAAGCCUGACAUUGUUCUACUCCAGAAAUGACCUGAUUAAUCAUUCUUUGGAAUGUAGCCUGAGAAUUUUUCAUUCCAAAUGGACAAACCAGAUAUUCGAAUAACCCAUCAGCGGUUACAAACGCAGAGAUUUCUCUGGCCCGUUUAGUUAAUGGUAUUUGCCAGUAACCUUUCAAAAGGUCAAACUUGCUAAUAUACUUAGCAGUUCCUAAUUUAUCAAUGCAGUCAUCAAUUCGUGGGAUAGGAAACGAAUCUGAUUUGGUCACAGCAUUAACUUUGCGAAAAUCUGUACAGAACCGUACACUACCAUCAGGUUUAGGAACAAGUAAACAAGGAGAACUCCAGUUACUAAAACUAGGUUGAAUAAUGCCGUUCUCAAGCAUAUAAUCUAUUUCUUUUCGGAUAAGUUCCUGUUUUUGUGGAUUAACUCGAUAAGCAUGUUGCUUAAUUGACUUGGAAUCACCAACAUCAACAUCAUGUUUAAUAACAUUUGUUCGACUGGGAACAUCUGGGAAAAUUUGGCUAAAUUCAGAAAUGAUUUGUUGAACAUCACUUUGUUGUUUUUCACUUAAAUGGCUGAUUUUUAAAUGAAGAUUAAACAAUAUCCUCGAAUUUACCAAUUUCGGCUCAACUGGAUUAAAAUUAUCAUCUUUCAUCUUAACAUCAGAAUCUAUCCCUGAAAGAAUUAUUGUAUUAGCCAAGACGUUUUCCCGAUUAUAAUAUUUUUUAAGCAUA